AUGAAGGGAAUGCAGCGUAACCCCAUCUCUUCCUGUCAUUGCAGUGGAGUGGCUAGAUCAGAAAGCAGGAUGAGUGCAAAGGCCCUCUUUGAGCAAAGGAAAAAAUAUUCUAACUCCAAUUACAUCAUGCAUGAAACGUCACAGUAUCAUGUUGAGCAUCUGUCCACCUUCAUCAUGGACAAGACCGAGUCCAUCGCCACUGUGGACGAUGCCAUCAAAAAACUUGUCCUUUUGGAUUCAAAAGACAAGAUUUGGACUCAGGAAAUGCUUUUGCAAGUCACUGAUAAGGCAGUUCGGCUGUUGGACUGUGACACCCAGGAGGAGCUGGAGAACUUCCCCCUACCCACUAUCCAUCUGUCUCAGGCUGUGCUAAACCAAACUCGCUACCCGUCGGUCCUGCUGCUCGUGUGUCAAGACAAGGAUCAGCACCGGCCGGACAUCCAUUUUUUCCACUGUGACGAGGUGGAGGCUGAACUGGUUCAUGCCGAUAUAGACAGUGCACUUGGAGACAACAAAUAUGGAAAGAAAUCAAGGCCUCAGACACUCAAAAUCAACCAGGAGAAAAUGAAGCGCCAAAGAGAGACCAUCAUACCCCACUCGCCGACCAAGCCCGCCCCUGUUGCAAAGGGACGUGUUGCUGCCCCCAUUCCACAAGAGAGGCGAGUCUCUGGACACAAUGACUCAGAGUCGCAUGAAAAGUUGGCCCAGCGCAUUGAGAAGGAUGUACAAAUACUCAACUGUGCUCUGGACGAUAUUGAAAUUUUUGUGGCGAGGGUGCAAAAAGCAGCCGAGGCCUUUUCCCAACUCAGCCAACGCAACAAGAGUAAGAAGAAUAAGAAGAAAGGACCAGCAGAGGGCAUGCUGACCUUGCGAGCAAAGCCCCCCUCAGAAGAAGAGUUCAUCGAUAGCCUCCAGAAACUGAAGCUGGCUUUCAACCUCUUGGCCAAACUGAAGAAGCACAUCCAGAAUCCAAGUGCCUCUGAAUUGGUUCAUUUCCUCUUCGGCCCUUUGGAGCUGGUCCUGCAAAGUUUGCACAGUCCUGAGCUGGUACGGUCCAUCAUCUCCCCCCACCUUUCCAAAGACGCUGUAGACUUCCUGCGGGGUCACCUCACCCCCAAAGAAACUAUCACCUUUGAGCUUCUAGGAGAGGGAUGGACUAAACCCAGAGCUGAAUGGCCAAGGGAUCAGUGUGCUCCUCCUUACUAUCCCAAGUUCCGGAACGGCUGGGAGCCUCCUGCAGAGCUCUUUAGAACAGCUCCGUGGGAAACAGAGGGUCCUGGUGGGACUCCAGUGUCCCCCAUUUCGCUGGGAUCUCCCAUUAGUCCAGAUUACAGGAAACACUCAGCUGAUGAUUUCUAUGGAACUCAUUCUUCUAAUUCGUCCAAUGGGUCCUACAACGGGAUGCUGCCCCCUCGCAAAUUUGCCAAAAUCCGUUACCACUUUGUAGCGCGGAAUGCCAAUGAGCUGUCAGUGCUGAUGGAUGAAAUUCUUGAGGUGAUUGAGGACGGCAAGCAGUGGUGGAAACUAAGAAAUCAUAGCGGCCAAGCAGGUUACGUUCCGUCUAACAUCCUGGAUGUUGUCAGCAUUUCAGAGCAUGAUGCUAUAUACGGCCAGCAAGGCUAUGGUGCAAUAUCCCCACGUUCACUCAGCCCAGGAGAUAACUUCAGCAAGGGUCGGCACAAAGACAAGAUGAUGGAUGAAGUCAACAGCGAGCUACUGAUGAAGAUCACUGCAAACAAAAGCCAGGCACCUGCCAGAAAGUUCCGCGUUGAGCGACCAGUCGCAAGUAAAGUAACACUGACCGAACAAUCCAGCCCAGAGCAGGUCAAGUCUUGGCUCACUGACAAGGGUUUCUCCAACGCGACGGUGGAAUGUUUGGGCAUCCUGACUGGUGCGCAGUUGUUUUCCCUCAAUAAACAAGAGCUGAAGGCCGUGUGUGGAAACGAAGGCGCCCGCGUCUCAUCUCAGAUCACCGUGCAGAAAACACAAAUAGAGAAAGCGUGUGGAGACAAUGAGCUUCAAGAGGUCAUGAAGCGCAGACAGGAGCGAAUCGACUCAGGCAGCACAGACUGA